AUGUGCUUUUUAUUUAUAAUUUCAGCUUUUCUAGUAUUCUUUUGCGAAAAUUGUGAAACUGCAGGUAAAUUUUAAAAAUUUGAUAAAUAUGAAAAACACAAGAGUUAACGCGAAAGUGCAGAUUUUUCGAAAAACGCACCAUAUUUGACGCAAAAAUGCAGAUUUCUGAAAAAUACACCAAAUUUCACGAGAAAUUGCAGAUUUCUGAAAAAAACACAAAAUUUCACGAGAAAUUGCAGAUUUCUCAUUUUCAGCGUGUUCUUGUGCACAAUGCAGUCUAGAAUUGCUCGAAGACAAUUGCACAGAGAUAAUUGGACAUAUUAUAAUAAGUCUAGAAUCACAAAUGCCACCGUAUGAGGUAACCUAAAAUUAAUUAUCAAGGGAACUGUUUCAACUUGCAAUCGAGAUUUUCAAUGAAAUAUAUGCUGUCUAGUAGUUUUCGACCCGCUGAUCACGUUUUCGUCAUCUAAAAUUGCAAAGCUCGACUCCUAACAUGAGUUAUGACGUGGCAAAGUUCAAAUAUCCCAAAAAUAGGGACUUUGGAGGGUCAGAAUUCGCCUUCUAAUUAUGAUUUUCAUGCAAAUCUAAUAGCAUGGGGUUAUUCAGCAAGGUCGAUUACAUAAUUUUAGAGGGUUAAUACAAAAAUCCGGAAGAGUUUAAAAAAAGUUGAUUUAGGUCAUGGGUUGCAGAUUUCAAACUUUUUUGAAAACUCUUCCGGAUUUUUGUAUGAACCUUCUAAACUUAUGUAAUCGACCUUCCUAAACAACCCUAUUCUAUUAGAUUUUCAUGAAAAUCAUUUUAAAGGUGAAUUCUGACCCUCUCAAGUCCCGAUUUAUUGAAAUUUUCGAACUUUUCCACGUCAUAACUCAUGUUAGGAGUCGAGCUUUGCAGUUUUAGACAGUGGAAUCGUGAUCAGCAGGUCGAAAACUACUAGACAGCAUAUAUUUCAUUAAAAAUCUCGAUUGCAAGUUGAAACAGUCCCAAUGUUACUUCAAUAAUUAAUUAAGUUUUUCAGAUGAUUGAAUAUAAGCUGGAGAACAUGCAAAAAUUGACGGGAUGUUUGACAAUAGCAAAUUCAGGCUUCACAAAUCUCAGUUUUCUUCAAAAUCUGGAAAUUGUCGAAUAUUCUGAAAUUGGAGCUGCUGCAUCUUGUCGAACCUAUGCGAACACAAUUACAAUUGCUAAAAAUGCACUUUUGCGCGAUGUUUCAGCGCUGAAAAAUCUGAAAAUCCUGAAUUCCGGUGAGAAUACGGAAUAUGGAUUGUAUUUGGUGGAUAAUCCGAGUUUGUGUUUGGAGGAGGAAGAAUUGGAGGCGUUUUUGAGAUUUGACAAAUUUUAUGCACCACAUUUUCGAAUUUGUCAUGAGAAUUUGUUGAAUAGUGGGUUUUUUUGUUUUUUUGCUUGA